GUUUUCCUGCAGCACACGCAUAUUCCCCCUCCUCGUCCACCCAAUCCAGACGAACAACACAGCACCCUCACUUGCGACGACACACAGACAUGACGCUGCGAUUGGGAGCUCGGUCCUCUGCUGCUGCUGCGCGGUGCUGCGGCUUGGUCUUAGAGUGGGGGCUGGCUGCGGUUUUGUUCGCACCCGACGGCAGCAACGCACGUCCUGUCAUUCCCGACGACGACCAGCGAGACCAGCGACCGCACCACGCACCACUCGACUCGACCAGCGGAUCACCGGGAUUGUCACCACUAUCAUCGGCCGUUCGAGAGGCUGCGACGGGAAUGACUGGCGCCGGCUGGCUCGGACUUGUCACCGCCGUCCUCGUGUGCGUGGCGCUGCUCGCCGUGUGCCUCGAGAGCAGCCGUCGCAAACGAAAUAAUCGCACAAGUGACAGCGAGCGACAUCUUCGUUCGCCAGACAUGCGUGAAUCCGCACAGUCGUCGUCGUCGUCGUCGUCGUCCUCUGGCAGCACGAACGGUCGGAGGAGCCGGCUCGCCUACUCGGAUCUGACUGCCCAAGUCGAGUCUGCCCGCAAGUCUGCUGCCAGCACUUCGACUGAUGCUGUUGCUACUGCUGCUGCUGCUGCUGCUGUUGUUGCUGCUACUGCUGGUAGUAAUUCCAAGAGCACAGAUGCAGCAACUGCACUUCCCGUGCCCGUUUUCCUGGCCGGAGCAGGAUUGAUCGACGGCGAGGCUCAGACGCUGCGACGUGCCAUUGAGCUCGACGCGACGCUCGGUCAAGGCUCGUUUGGCAUUGUGCAAAAGGCAUUUAUCAAACGGAUGGCAGUGCCAGAGCACGCGCGACACUUGCUGAAGCCGACCGACGACCGAUUGCCAGUCGCAAUCAAACUGCUGAAAAACGACGGCGAGGCCACCACGCGCAACGAUUUCAUCGAGGAGGCCAACAUGAUGGCCCAGUUCCGCCACCCAAACAUUGUGCUUAUGGUGGCUGGCUUGCUGGAGGAGCGACCAUUCCAAAUUGUCCUCGAAUUCAUCGCGUACGGCGAUUUGCGCAGCGUUCUCGUGAAGUCGCGGCGUGCACGCAUCCCGUGGACUGUCACCGAGUUCUCGCACGUCCUGGCGCAGAUCGCGUCGGCCAUGGAGUAUCUCGGGUCAAUUCGAUUCCUGCACUGCGAUCUAGCCGCACGGAACUGUCUGGUUGGUCCCAACCUGCAAGUCAAACUCUCCGACUUUGGGCUGUCGCGCGAACUCUUGGACGAAAAGAACUACCACCGCAACGAAACGAAAGGUCGAUUGCCUGUUAAAUGGCUGGCCAUUGAAGCACUUCGGUAUCGAAAGUUCACCACCAUGUCUGACGUUUGGGCCUUUGGUGUCGUUGCCUGGGAGGUGUACACCUACGGCCUUGUUCCAUACGGACAGAAACGCGGUCCCGAGGUUCUCGCUGAGUUGGAGCGAGGCAAGCGCUUGGUGCUGCCCGCCGAAUGCCCAGAAGUGAUUGCCAACAUUGUGUAUCAGUGCUGGCGUGACAUUCCCGAGGAGCGCCCAGACUUUGCCGCGUUGCAUCAUGUCUUUGCCAUCUCCAGCGCCAUGCAUCACAUCCGCGACAUGGGUCGAACCGUGUUUUCGAAUGUGGCUAUUGGCAAAAACGACGAGUGAUCGAUCAAGCUUGCGCAGAUUUCCUCAAACACCAUCUCAAACUUCCUUUCACCCCGCCUCGCCAUCACACUAACACUUAUACCACUCCUUGAUACAUUCAUAAUAGCAGUUACAUUUCAUUGCAAA